GAGAGCGGGUCUGGGGGCGGGAGACCGGAGCAGCUGUCAGGCUAAAGUCCAGCGAGCUACGGGCCGCUGGACAGCAGAAGAAAGCGAAGCGCAGCGCGGGGCCCGGCCCUGGAGAUGGUCCCCGGCGCUGCGGGCCGGUGGUUUCUGGUGUUCUGGCUGCCCGCGUACGUCGCGGCCCACGGCUUACGCAUCCAUGAUUAUUUGUAUUUCCAAGUGCUGAGUCCUGGGGACAUUCGAUACAUCUUCACAGCCACACCUGCCAAGGACUUUGGUGGUAUCUUUCACACGAGGUAUGAACAGAUUCACCUUGUCCCUGCUGAACCUCCAGAGGCCUGCGGGGAACUCAGCAACGGCUUCUUCAUUCAGGACCAAAUCGCUCUGGUGGAGAGGGGAGGCUGCUCUUUCCUCUCCAAGACCCGAGUAAUACAGGAGCACGGUGGGCGGGCAGUGAUCAUCUCUGACAAUGCAGUUGACAACGACAGCUUCUAUGUGGAAAUGAUCCAAGACAGUACCCAGCGCACGGCUGACAUUCCUGCCCUCUUCCUGCUUGGCCGAGAUGGCUACAUGAUCCGUCGCUCUCUGGAACAGCAUGGGCUGCCAUGGGCCAUCAUUUCCAUCCCAGUCAAUGUCACCAGUAUCCCCACCUUUGAGUUGCUACAACCACCCUGGACCUUCUGGUAGAUCUGUUCCCACAUUCCAGCCUGAAGUGACUCUGACCUGAGAAGGGGAAACCUACAAAUUCCGCUAUUUGGAAUGUGGGAGCAGCAUCUGGGGACAAGUGGAGCCAAGCAAGAGGAAAGUCAUACCACUGGCUCCCCCUUCACCAAGGCUCCCAAGGACAUCUUAUGCUACAGGAAGAGGCAAGAGCCAGGCUCCAAGUCAUCUGGAAGGAAUCUAGAACAAAAGGAGCUAGAGACAGGCCACCUAACAGCUUUGACCUGUGACAUUCCACCUGGUUCAACCUAUCCAACCCAUGGUCUCCUCCCAAUGACCUUCACAAGAGUUGCUGGAGAGGUUUAAGUAUUUGGGGCUAGGGACUCAAUAAACCCUCACUGACUUCAGCAAUAAAGUUCCUUAUCAGG